AGCCACACCCAGACCUUCCCACCACAGCAGCGGGGCCUCAGAGCAAGUGUGCAUCUCCCAACUUUUUUGGGGAGUCAAUUGAGUAUGGUGUGUUGCUGUAGCUGAGUCGCACCUGGAGACUUGUUCUCGUAAUAUUUGCGUACUUUAAUUUUUUUCCCCCCCAGUUCCAAACGCUGUCCCUUUCGGAGCUGCGCACAUAUUGUAUUCCGCGUUCUUCAAACUCGAUUUCAGCCAUUUUCCCCCCAAAGCCAGCAAGAGGAGUUGGGAGAGCAGAACAGUGAGAGAGACGGGGGAGUGAGAUCCAGAGGCCCAGUUAAACCAAUUUCUUUAAUGUGAGAGGCCCUGAUCCAGCCUGACUACCAACCUGCGAACUUGACUUCCAGCAGAAACAGAAGGAUAAUUAACUAGUCAGACCCGGUGACACGGAAGCGUUUUGCCAACUAUCUGCAUCUAUCAACUGGCUGACGAGUUAGCCGAACAGAGGGGGCAGCCAUGUUGAUCAUCUUGGUCCUCAUCAUCCUUUUCCAUGUGGCUGCGGCCAUCCUCCUCUUUGUUGCAACCAUACACAAUGCAUGGUGGUUGGUGUCAGCACCUGGACGGGAUGUACUCUACUCGGACCUGUGGUACUCUUGCAACAACACUUGCUUUCCUAUUGCGAAGAGCCACACUCGUGAUGCAGCCUACCUGCAGAUUGUCCAGGCCACCAUAAUCCUGGCCAUCAUUUUAUGCUGUAUCAGCUUCUUUGUCUUCAUUCUUCAGCUCUUCAGACUCAAGCAAGGAGAGCGAUUCGUCUUCACCGCAAUUAUUCAGCUGUUAGCCUCUGUGUGCGUGAUGAUGGCGGCCUCCAUUUACACGGCUCAGAACAAGUCUUUCCACCACAGCAGUCUCCAUGACGGCUCGUACGGAUCCUCCUAUAUUUUAGCCUGGGUCAGCUUCCCAAUGACUCUAAUCAGUGGUCUCAUGUAUCUGGUGCUUAGAAAGCGCAAGUAGAUGUCAAUUUAUGGGCGUACGGUAUACAGUAUGAAUGGAAAUCCUGGGAUGUACAGUGACUACUCAAGAAGACAAUUGUGCAGUCUGCUCAAAUAGCAGUAUGGAGGUAAUUUACAUGCCUCAAUUUUUCCCCAACAAAACAACAAAUAACACUCACGCACACACAGAUCAAGCAUUGCAUUUCACUUAUGUUACUGUGGGUUGUGAAUAAUGGUGUUGUGUUCUCACUGAAUGCAGCCGAGGUUGCAUUAGAAGCCCUCUCCCCAAUAGACACUGAUAAAUAUUUGUCAUUUGAGAAAAUCACACUGGAUUGUCUGAUGAAUUGCAGCAACUAAACAAUAUUCUGCGUACAUUUAAAAGCCUGAACUAAUGACAGGGAGUCUGAGCCAUGUUUGUUCAAUUUGCAUUUCAAGUUGGACAAGUACCACCAGAUUUCCCUAUAGCCCUGACAGAGUUUAAUUUGCAUCAAAAUCUAGGCGAGCAUCUCCAUGUAAAUGCUCAUGAGCUGUCCUACACAACUAUAGUCGAAGAAGAACAUCUACAGUUACUGAUGCUUCUUUUUGCAUUUAGUGAGAAGGUAUCUUUUAAUUUGUCUAAACUGGUCAUCCAAGUUAUUAAAAUCCACAAAACAUUUGACUAGAAGUCUUCUUUUUUGUUGAAGACGUUCCAGCUUUUUUAAACAAGGAAGUGCUUGCCUUCGUUCACCUUUUUAUUUACUGUUGACUCCCCCACAUCCAUGUUACCACUUUUCCUUCUUUUAUGGCUCAUUGUCAUGUUUUUCAGCAACAUGAGGAUUUGAGUUAAGUAAAAAAAAUAAAAUAAAAGAUUUUAAAAAAAAAACUUGGAAGAUUUGUCGUGCAGGGUCCACACCCGUUUUUGAGACACUAUUAACAAAUAAAAAAAUUCGUACAUAUUUGCUGUGUAUGUAUUGUUCAGACUAUUGCUGACUGAAAUACUAAUGUCUUCAGUAACGCAAAAUAAGAUUAGAAAUUAUGUUAACCAUAGCAUAUAAGAUAUGUAGUGAUAGUAGUUGUAGUAUUUGAACAUUUUGUCUGUGUUAUGCUUUUGCAUCUGUUGGUGAAAUGGUGAAACACUGAAACCAAUGAUGUGCUGCGAUGUUUGGGAUUUAAAUGACAAUAUAAACUUGAAAUAGGAAUGUUUGUCAUGGUAUUAUGCUAUUUUGUUCCCUUCAAUGAAAAUCGAGACAAAGGCUAUUUAUUAAACCAACUGUAACGCAUUUUAACAUAACAGGUGAGGAUGAAGUGGGUAAUUUUAUUCUGUUGCCAUUCUGCCAUAAUUGUCAAUGCCAUGUUCUACACACCGGAAAUUAUUUCUGACUAAUAAUAUUUGCUCAUAAAAUACCACUAACUUUUUUAAUCACUCUUUUUUGAUGUUGGUGUGGUUUUUAAUGUAGAAGCUGAAAUAUUAUUAUUAUUAUUAUUUUUUUUCUAUUGAGGAAAUUGCACGCAGGAAUGUGCCCAAUUCAUCUGCAUGAGCAAUUGGUGGUGCACUGGGUUCUUUUGUAAAGAUUCUAUUACCUUUGGGCAAACUUUAGUUUAAACCUGAGGCUUUUUCAAGCCUUUUUCAGGGAAAUGGAUGUGAGGAUUGCUCUUCUAACUCACUACUUGAAAAAAUUAUCAAAACAACAUUUUGAGUGGUUGCCUGUUACGAUUUUAAUUCCAUAUUAAUUAAUAAGCCUUAAUUUUUCAUGGCUGUUCCUGUCUUUCAAUCAAACCUUUUAAUUUAUAUUGAGAUGAGAAGGAGUGAAAUCAAUGAGUUCAUAACAGUUUAUGUAAUUUGAGUCUUUCUAAAUUUUGACCAGAAACACAUUUGGAGAUUAUGUUUGUAUUUAUUCAAAAGGAAUUACAGUAAUAACUAAGGAGUUGAAACAUUUCUAUUAGUGGUUGAGUACAACACGUAACUGUUGCAGUCUUUGAAUAAAUAGCCUCAAAGCAAAAA